UCUGCGUGCGUUCCCCACCUGCGGCGCUGAACCGCACCGAAAACCGAAGAAUUCGUGUGAACUAUGGCGAGAUAAGUUGAGUGACAUCGGUCACAGUCGCUCACUACUGUCCUGAAUCUGUCGCGGUGUACAACGAUAAAAGUAUUGCUGAAAGUCGCGCACAAAGCGGUCACAUUGCGACAAAGUGCGCUGGGAAAGUUUUCAGUGCUCCAUGAUUGUCAAAUAAAUUAAAGAGAGCGUUCCAUUUCGUUUGGCCGAAAAAAUGCAAAAAGCGCUCACGAUUCUCGCGCUCACUGCGUGCGUCGCCGCCAGUUUCGACGACGACAUCUUUGCCGGCAACGACCCGAAGGACAAUUAUUUUCGCUAUGUACGAACUUAUUCGCAAGCCGAUUAUGAUGAUGGACAACAAUCUGCAGGGGAAGAUGCUCCCAAACCUUAUGGUUUUGAUAUUUACUAUCCAAAACACUCGAAAAGAAAUUUGAGGGUCCGUAGGGAUGAAUCAACGGUACAAAAGAAAGAACUUGAUGAAUCUGAAGAAUCUGAUGAUACACAACCGGAGAUAGUAAUUCACACAGCUGAUGAUAAGUUGUUAAACAUAGACGAAGCAUUAAAACCUUUAGAAUUAGAUGUUUUGGAAGCAGAUGUUGAAAAUGCAACUGAUUCUGUUGAUGCAGAAGUUCAAAAUGGCCAAAAUCACUUGAUAAUCAAUGAUUUCAUUAGAUUCAAACGAGAUGCUCAACCAAAUCCACCUAAUCAAGAAAGAUCUGGUAAAAUGCUCUUGAGUGAUGGUCAAGUUCUUGAUACAAAUCGUGAACCGCGAGGAGUUGUACAAGAAAAAUGGGUAAAACAGCCUUAUCCUGUACAAGGUGACAACCGUAACUUUGAUGAAGCAUCAAAUGAACAUGGACAACCCCCAAAUGCACCCAGAGUUCAUUUUGUGACCCAACGUAGGUCAGAAUCAGCCCCACCUUUGGUUUAUCAUUCAUAUGAAUCAAGAGAUCGUGAAGGUCGAUCCAGAGACAUUACAAGACAACGCGACAUUGACUUAGAAAGAGAUUUCCAACCAACCUACUAUCCAAGAUCAACCCGUCAAUACAAUCUACAACCAGGUGGAGGUAGAGACUAUGGAAAUCGAGAUCCUGGUCCAGCUGCGAUACCACGCAGACCCGAAGUAUAUUAUAGAAACUACGAGAGAGAUUCCCGAGACAGGGACCUAAGGGACUUCCGGGAUGAUCGUGAUUACAAUCGAGAUUUUGACAGGGAUAGACAUAGAGAUUUCAGAGAUCGAAGAUUUUAUAACCAACCGGAUAGAUUUUAUGAGGAAGAUCGUCCAAUUCCAUCAAUAGCCAAACAAAAACGGAUAAUAUACUAUGCCACACUUCCGGAUAUCAUCCGUCCACCAGGUGGGGAAAGAGGUGGAAGCAGGGACCGAGAUAGAGACAGAGAUUCCAGUUUUCGACGUGGGUAUGAUGAUCGUGAUAGAGAUCGUGAUCGUGAUCGUGACAAUCGAGUUAACACCGAUGAUAGGCCUGCAAAUGCUAUAAACUAUCGCUUCCGGAAUGAAAGCCCAUAUGAUAACAGAGACGCCACUGCUGAUAGAGAUAAAUCUCGUUAUGAUGAAGCAGCAACAGCUAAAAGUAAUUCUUAUCCCACCAAAGUCUCCUCAGCGGAUGUAAGUGUCAGAGCAUUGACGAAGAACCCAGAAAGAAGAGUCUACUCAGAAGUUGGUAGGAGAUAUCCGCCUGGAUAUCAUCGUGAUGAUGGCCCAGCCGCCUAUGAGAGUAAUCAUCGAUAAUUUAUUAGUUUUGAUGCAAUCCAAUGAAAUUUAACGUUAAGAACCAGUUGUUAACUUAUUAUUCGCACAUUUUAUAAUAUUCGCUGAUUAUUUAUACUCAUAAGCACCAAUCAUUAGAGUUAUUUAUGUUUUUACAAUAAAGAAAACAAUUUUGGAUCCUCGAA